UUCAAAGCGGAAGUGUGACUUAUGAGCGGAAGUGUGCGUGUUGUUACAGAGCAGUGAUGAUGAUGUUAAUGCAGUGAGAAGGCAGAGCUGUCAUAUCAGCAGCAUAUGGAGAAUCAUCUCUAUAAAGUCUUUCAAACAGAAAUGGGUUGUUCAUAAGCCAAGUGAUGUCUUCAACCCAUGAUACUGAGGAAAGGAGCGUAGAAGGAGGAAACCAGCUUCCGAAUCGAGGGAUGGAUGCGCACAGUUCAGGCCUCGGCAGGAAGAGGAAGAGAGAGGAGUCGAAUGGCGAGAUCAGGGAGGCAGAGUGUUUCCGGAAAAUUCCACGGAGAACUUUGGGGAUGAGUGAACCUGCACCGUUCUCUGAUGAGCUGGUGGCUGCAAAAACACCAUACGUUCGUGUUAGCAUGGAAGAAGCCCGUCAUGGCACUCCAGAGGACCGUCCAGUGCGCGUCUAUGCUGAUGGGAUCUUUGAUAUGUUCCAUUCCGGACAUGCUCGUGCUUUAAUGCAGGCCAAGUGCCUUUUCCCCAACACACAUCUCAUUGUGGGCGUGUGCAGCGACGAUUUGACGCAUAAAUUUAAGGGUUUCACUGUCAUGAACGAGGAUGAACGUUACGACGCUGUGAGUCACUGUCGGUAUGUCGAUGAGGUGGUCCGCAAUGCUCCAUGGACGCUGACUCCUGAAUUUCUGGCCGAGCACAGAAUAGACUUUGUCGCCCAUGACGACAUUCCAUACAUCUCAGCAGGAAGUGAUGAUGUUUACAAACAUAUAAAGGACGCAGGUAUGUUCGCACCGACUCAGAGAACAGAAGGCAUCUCCACAUCCGACAUAAUCACACGAAUCGUACGUGACUAUGACGUUUAUGUGCGCCGCAACCUCCAGAGAGGCUACACUGCGAAAGAACUGAACGUCAGCUUCAUCAAUGAGAAGAAGUACCACCUUCAGGAACACGUCGAUAAGGUGAAGCAGAAGGUCCGAGAUGUGGAGGAAAAGAGUAAAGAGUUUGUGCAGAAGGUGGAGGAAAAGGGUAUCGACCUCAUUCAGAAAUGGGAGGAGAAGUCACGCGAGUUCAUCGGCAACUUCCUGCAGAUGUUCGGGCCUGAUGGGGCGCUGAAGCACAUGUUGAAGGAGGGAAGAGGACGGAUGUUACAGGCCAUCAGUCCCAGACAAAGCCCCAGCAGCAGUCCCGUACGCGAGGAGCGCUCUCCGUCCCCCACCUUCCGUCUUCCCUUCUUCACCUCUUCACCAUUCUUCUCGCCUCCUCAUCAUCAUCAUCAUCAUCACAGCGGCGCAGACAAAGAUGAGGAGGACUAGGAUGCAUCUGUUUCUAGAAAGCAGCUGUUGGAGUUUUCCCACAUCGUUUGUGUUUUAUAUGCUUUCUUAAAGCCAUUGUGAACAGCCAAGAAUAUAAAUGAAGGAUGGACUAGCUUAAGAUUUAUUUGAAUAAGGAAAAUGCAUUGAACCGGCGUUCACGAAAUGCACAAUAGUGACCAAAUUAUUCCACCCGUACUUUCUAAAGGUUUUGAUCCCACGUCUCCCUCUCGCUUCAGAGAUUUGCCACACACCACUAAACCAAAAGGCUUCAUAUUGUUGGCCUAUUCCUUGGAUACAUUUUGUAUUCAGCCUGGACCUUGAAUAAUUAUGCAUUUUAGUGCUUCUCUCUUUUCUUUUUUUCUUUUUUUUGGUCUGUUUGCACAUAAUCUCAUUCUCGGUUGUGCAUAAAACUCACCCUCACCUGCCUUCAUUGUCUAGAUCUUUUCAUACUGGAAACAGGGGCCAAAUUUGAGACUAAUUCCGGGAUGAGGGAGGGAUCCCGGGAUCAGUCGUCUCUGUAUGGUUAUUUCUCACUGUAUUUAGUCUCAAAGUCUACUUUUACUUUUCACUUGUACGUUUAGAACAUCAAUUUGUGUUUCUGAUUUUUUUAUGUUUCUGCUGAAGUUCAUUAGCUGUUUCUCCUCAUAUGAACUUCUCUCUCAGACUCUGAUGUGAAGUAAUAAUUUUGAGGCCUGGCAGUGAUGCCGUCUGGCACCUCCAUUUAAACCCUGUGCUAUUCUGUGGCACGGGUCCCAGCCUUUUUGGAAAGGAUUUGCCUGCUGAAUGUUUACAUUACCCAAGCCCAGUGAAGGAACAGUGUUAAUGCGAAAGGCUACGAGGACCUGUUUGUUUACAAGUUUGCAUAGGACAGGAAGACGACAGUAGGAUUACUGUACAUGUUUGCCAGCAAAAAGAUGGCUGUUGUCAGGAACAUGAUUAAGAUUUGAUUUGUUUUAGAUGAUCAUUGGGAAUCAAAAGAACUGUGAACAAUAAUGCCAGUGAAUCACUAAACCAUGUUGAAAGAAGAA